AUGGACUUCCUCCGUGCAAUCCAGGCGUUCACUUCCCACAUGGAUGUACCUGACUCCGCCGUAGCUUAUUACACCAUCGUCCGACGUAACUUGGACCUGAUAAAGAGCGGGUGCUAUAUUGCUGUAACCGUUGUGUCUGACGCCCUGAUCGGAUAUCGCACAUUUGUCGUUUGGGGUCAGAAUUAUUUAGUUGCUCUCGUCCCAGUUACUCUGGUUCUUGCAGACGUUGGCAAGUAUCGCGUGCCCUACGCCGAAGGCUUCUUCCCUAACAUUCCCUCGCCAGCUCUCGGAGUGUAUGCUGUCUGGCUCCUCUCGCAAGUUCAGCCGGGAAAUAACGCACUCAUGGCGGUCGUGACUGAGCGCGUUAAGUACUUCUAUACCAUCACCCUGAUCUUGAACUUGCUAUGUACACUUCUCAUCUCGUACAAGAUUUGGCAAGUACAAGCCGAGGUUGACCGGUAUUCACCAUCUGCAGUUCGUCCGCGUGGCACUCAAUUAAUUCUCAUCGUCGUCGAGUCCGAUGCUCAUCAGGACCCCCUAACAGCGGCGAUAUACUCGGCGAUGCUUAUAGUGCUAAUUACGAGCAGCUCCUUAAGCGCGGUCAUGAUGCUUGCAGUAUUGAACGUCAUUGCUCCUGUCAUAGGAAUCGUCUUCUCGAUGGUCAUCAUCCGCUUCUCCAUUGAUAGGACACGAUGGGACAGCCUCAAGAUCUCGACUCAUCUUAACUUUGCCUCCAGCACCAUCCAUGACGACGACAAGAACGAGCCUGAUUCUCCCGUGGACAUGCCCUCUCCCAUCACCCCCGCCGAGAUCGGCAGCAGGGCGCUUGGUAAGGAGAAGAUCACAGUCGAAAGUCACGUUCGCCCAGCAAGUCAAGUCGGCCUGGGUCUUGGGAUCGAGCGGUACACUGAUACCAUCAGCCUACGCAGUCUCGGCAGCGUCUUCUCGCACUCAAAGACAAGUCUACCAGAGUUCUGCGUAUGA